AUGCUUCGAGCUCACAUAGACGUUUUCACACCCUUCACUGCUUCACUCCACUCUAAGCCACUCAAUUCCUCGCGCGUCCGUUCCUCUUCCGCUCCGACACGGCGUCGUCUGGCGACCACCGCCAGUCCUCGCGAGGCCAAUCUCCGGCACCUCACUUCGCGCAUUGUCCAACUCACUCGCCGGAAACAGCUUCGCCAGAUUUUGGAUGAGGUUGAGGUUUCGAAGAGGCGGUUUGGGAAACUGAACACGAUUGUGAUGAACGCGGUGGUGGAGGCUUGUGUUCAUUGCGGUGAUGUCGAUUCGGCGAUUAGGAUAUUCGAAGAGAUGAAGAAGCGCGAUGGUUGUGGUGUGGAUACCGUCACCUAUGCCACGCUUUUGAAGGGGUUAGGCGAGUCACGAAGAGUUGAUGAGGCUUUUGAAAUGCUUGAAACUGUGGAAAAUGGCGCUGCCAUGGGAAGUCCAAACUUAUCAGCUCCUUUGAUAUUUGGUCUGCUAAAUGCCUUAAUCAAAACUGGAGACUUGCGUCGUGCACAUGGUCUCCUUGCUCGUUAUGGUUUUGUGUUUCGAGAAGGUGGCAAAUUUUCGGUCUCUGUAUACAACAUACUAAUGAAGGGCUACAUAAACUCAGGCUAUCCACACACUGCGAUAAACAUGCUUAAUGAAAUUUUACGUCAAGACAUAAUGCCGGACAGGCUCACAUAUAACACGCUAAUUUUAGCCUGUGUUGAGAGUGAAAAGUUGGAUACGGCAAUGCAAUUUUUUGAGGAAAUGAAGGGCAGGUCUCAUAAAUUUCUUGAUGAUGAUAUGUUUCCAGAUAUUGUUACGUAUACGACAUUGCUUAAGUGUGUCCACAGUUGGCUCUCCAGCAUCUCUCUCAGUUUAUCUCUCUCUUUAAUGCAGGGUUUUGGAAAGGCAAAGGAUCUUGCUUCAGUUCUGAAAAUAGUUCUGGAAAUGAAAUCUCGUUGUGAAUUAUACAUUGAUAGAACUGCUUACACUGCAAUAAUUGAUGCUUUUCUAACAUGUGGCUCAGUUAAGGGGGCUCUGUGUAUUUUUGGAGAAAUAUUGAAACAAGCUGGUCUGAAUCCAGAGUUGAGGCCAAAGCCUCACCUCUAUCUUUCCAUGAUGCGUGCCUUUGCUUUUCUAGGAGAUUAUGAUAUAGUUAAAAAUUUACAUAAACGGAUUUGGCCCGAUUCAUCAGGAACCAUAUUAUUAGUUGCUCAAGAAGAAGCUGAUCACCUCCUCAUGGAAGCAGCUCUGAAUGCUGGUCAGGUAUUUCCCUGA